AUGGCAAGCAAAUACCAAUUGCCAAAUCUGUUUCAUCGACUUGCUAGCCAGCACAACACACAUGUCAAGCAUUUCCUAGCGCUGAGAGAGAAGAAACAAUACAGAUUAGAUCAUGGCAGCGUCAUGAUACAAGGCUUCAAGACAGUGCAAGAAGUUCGCGACCAGGGCAUCCAAUUCAAGUCAAUGGUAGUGACCGCCAAGAAAGACCUGAACACAGAAACAGACAUUCAAUCUCCCUCUCUUCAAGUGAUUAAGCAUCCUGAACUGUUUCCAGCUCAACAAUACUACGUGGCCGAUAUCAAUUUAGCAAGGCGGAUAUUAGGCACUGCAUCAAAACCUGGUAAUCAUGACAUCUUUGCAGAGGCCAUUAUUCCACGCACCAGAGAUGAUGCUCAGAUACUCAGCCAUGAUCGCAUCUUGGUGUUUGAUCGCAUCUCUGAUCCCGGUAAUUUAGGCACACUGGUGAGAACAGCCAAGGCAUUAGGAUGGCAAUCAGGACUAAUUACUCAUCAUUCAUGUGAUCUUUACAAUGAUAAAUGCAUUCGUGCAAGCCGAGGCACAAGUCUUACAUGGCCACAUUUAACGUUAAAAGCAAAUCAAGUGCUGGAUCAACUGAAGGCUGGGGGAUAUACGCCCAUUGUAGCCGACAUGCUACCAAGGAAUUCACCAAAUGGCGAGGUGUGGUCCCCGGAAAAUCAGUCCAAUGCAGUACCAGGAACAGGAGUAUGGUUUUGGAAUCAACCAAGAUCUGUCUUACCAUCAAUCAAGAAGAUGGCAUUGAUCCUUAGCUCAGAGCACCAUGGCGUUGAUGAUGCGUUUUCCAAUGAACUAAGAGUGUCCUUACCAAUGGAUCCAUCUGUUGAAUCAUUGAAUGUGGCCAAUGCUGGCAGCAUUUUAAUGUCUGACUUGAACCGCCUAGCAUUGCCCAAACAAGUACAUGGCAUGGGCUAUAAAUAG